AUGUCCUGGCACUCGUCGCUUUGGUCUCAUCUGAGGGGCGUGGGCAUCACACUGCCGUGGCUGUUGUACCUGUUGCUGGCAGAUAUACUUAUCUCUCUGCUUCUACCUCUUGCGCUGGUUACCCCCAGAUUCGUCUAUGAUGCUUCGUCUCAAGUAGCCUUUACCGUCUGGGCAUGGAUUCAGCUCAUAUUCGAGAUUCUCAAUGGAGCUCGCAUUGACAUCUCCGGCGACUCCCUGCCCCGGGGUGAAUCAGCUGUCGUUGUUGCCAACCAUGUCGCAUGGUCCGACUUCUACAUGAUCCAGGCUCUGGCCCAACGGUCCGGAAUGCUGGGGUAUUGCAGAUACUUUGCCAAGAGUCAGCUCAAGGUGGUGCCCUUCCUGGGAUGGGGUCUCUGGGCAAUGGGUAUGCCCAUGGUCAGUCGGAACUGGCUCAAGGACAAGGCCGAGUUGGAUCGAGUGUUUUCUGGUGUUGUGAACGACAGAUUCCCUACAUGGCUCAUCAGCUUCAGUGAGGCAACCCGGUAUACCAGCAAAAAGUUUGACGAGUCUCAGGCAUGGUGCAAAAGAACUGAUAAGCCACAACCAAAGAACCUUUUAUACCCUCGGACAAAGGGCUUCAUUACCACUGUUCAACACUUGCGUAAAGCCCCACACGUCAAAGCUGUGUAUGACUUUGCCAUUGCAUAUCAGCAUAAAGACACCUUCCAUGAGGCCCCGUCGAUGUGGGACACGUUGAGUAUACCGGCAUUGACCACGAGACAUCGAUACAGGUUCCAUAUUCAUGCCAGAAGGUUUUCUCUCGACACUUUACCAGAAUCCGAUGAGGACUUGGCCAAGUGGCUUGAGCAGAGGUGGGUGGAAAAGGGUGAAUGGCUGGAGUCCCUCAAGCAAACUUGGGCCGUCACAGGCUCGUCAUGA